UACACCUGGCUUGGAGAAGAGACCCCACCCGCUUGCUGCUUGCUCGCUCUUCUCCUUUUUUUGUUUUCCUCUCUCUCUUGGUUCCACUGUUUUUCCACUCCCACGCCACAACUUAAUCCCUCUUUACCGUGAAACAAGCGAUCAGUUUUGUCGUCGUAACCGCGUCAUCCGGUUUCCUGAAGUCUUGUUCUCCGUCGGUCGGUCGGGUGUCUUUCUCGUCUAAUUACCUUGUCCACCGACGAUCGAUCUUCCACCCUCAAGGUAGGUUUUUUUUUUUUUUGAAGCCAAUCUACCUCCGGCUGCCAUACAUUAUUCUUGCCACCUCUCUUCUCUUUCCCGUCGGAGUUUCCCCCAAAUUUUGGUCCGAGACCUGUUGUCUAUUCUUGGCUUGGCUCGGCUGAGGAGAAAGGAGGUGGUGGUGUGCGAAGUGCAAAGGAACGGGGCAGCCGAAAGAAGGCAUACUGACUAACACACAUCCAUCACCUCUCAGUCUCUCUUCCUCUUCGACCUCUACCACCUCAAGCACCUUCAACAACGCGAGGCUGUCAUAUCAGCUCUUAACUUUAGACCUUGUACGUGCCCUUUCCUUUCCCCCUUAUUUCCCCCUCGUCCUCUAUCUUGCCACCUUCUCUUUCUCUUCCUCACCUAAUUCUUCGCCUUCGUCCUCUCCUUUUUUUUUUUUUUUCCUUUUACAGAGAGCACCUGUCCUCUGACGUGACGCCUGAUUCUAGACCAGCACAAACCACGAUUACAAGAUCGUGCGGACAUUCCAACGAAAACAAUAAAUCAAGAUGACGACCAUGGUAAACUUCCUCUCCCAUCAGCUCGGUUAAUUUUUUUUUUGCAGUUUUCUCCGGAACUUCCACCCUUUGCUUUGCACUCUCUCUUGGAUAGAACAAAGCGAGGGAUGAAUCGUGCAGGGCAACAUGGCGACCGAUGCAAAUUCAAAGAUUACUAACCCAAUUUGUUUGAUCAUAGGAUUUACGGGUCGGGAAUAAAUAUCGCAUCGGUCGUAAGAUUGGAAGUGGAAGCUUUGGGGAUAUUUACUUGGGUAAGUUUUCGGAUUUUCUCUUUGCGAAUUUGUUUUUUUUUUCUCUCUGAGGCUGACAAGGUUUGUGUCUUAGGCACCAACAUUAUUUCCGGCGAAGAGAUCGCUAUCAAGCUUGAGUCGGUUAAGGCAAAGCAUCCCCAGCUCGAAUACGAGGCUAGAGUUUACAAAUCUUUGGCUGGGGGUGUUGGUAUCCCCUUUGUUCGUUGGUUUGGUACAGAGUGCGAUUACAACGCCAUGGUGCUCGAUUUACUUGGUCCCAGUUUGGAGGAUCUGUUCAAUUUCUGCAACAGAAAGUUCUCGUUGAAGACUGUCCUGCUUCUUGCAGACCAGCUAGUAAGUUUUCUAGUUAGAUCAAUAUCUUCACGUCGGUUGCUGACAUCCUUCGAGAUCUCCCGUAUCGAAUACAUCCAUGCCAAGUCCUUUAUUCACAGGGAUAUUAAACCAGAUAACUUCCUUAUGGGCAUUGGCAAGCGUGGCAAUCAAGUAAAUGUGAUCGAUUUCGGUCUUGCGAAAAAAUAUCGUGACCCGAAGACACAUUUCCAUAUCCCAUACAGGGAAAACAAAAAUUUGACCGGUACCGCAAGAUAUGCUUCGAUAAAUACUCAUUUGGGUGUCGGUGAGUUGACCCCAACGUUCACUUAUAGAAUAGAGGCUGAUUACCGCUUUAGAGCAAUCUCGCCGCGAUGAUAUGGAGUCGUUGGGCUAUGUAAUGCUUUACUUCUGUCGUGGUUCUUUGCCUUGGCAAGGACUGAAGGCUGCUACUAAAAAGCAGAAAUAUGAUAGAAUUAUGGAGAAAAAAAUGACUACUCCCACCGAGGUUCUUUGUCGUGGAUUCCCGAACGAGUUCGCCAUCUAUCUCAAUUACACCCGUUCCUUGAGGUUUGAUGACAAGCCCGACUACUCCUACCUGCGCAAGAUCUUCAGGGAUCUUUUUGUGAGAGAGGGAUUUCAGUACGAUUACGUUUUCGACUGGACCGUCUACAAAUACGUGAGCUUUACCCAUCCAUUGAUCCUAUAAAGAGUUCCAGUGAUCUCCCUGUUUCAUUGGAAAAGGACGUGGGUUAAUUGAAUUGGGGAACUUUUCCCAUGUUGACUCUUUAGCAGCAAAAAAAUGCCCAGGCUAUAGCUCAGGCUGCCGGAGGACAGCAAGGUCCAGGCGAGGAUGAUGACAAGGACUUGAACAAGCGUGGAACGCUCCGUACAAAUGCUGCGACUGCCGGGCACCCCACUCCCCAGACUUCCAGUAAGCCUGGUGCCGUCGGAGGAUCCAGAAGGAAGGUUGUUGAACGUGGAGGCAUGGCUGGAGUUGACACUCCCGGCACCAUGGAUACCACUCGCGGACUUAGUGGGUCCGAUAGGAUGUAAGUUGAUCUGAGGGAUGUAUGUUUUGCUCAUGACUAAUGGUGUUUCAAGGCUUCGUUCCGCAUCCAAGGGUGCUCAAGCUGCUAACGGCCCCGGCUUCGCCCCUCAGACUGGUGGGUAUCGCGUCAACAAACGUGAGGACCAGCCCAGCGGUGGUGGCGCACAGCAGUGGUAUUGAGUGAAACUCUGAUACCGUUGGAUUCCUUAAAAAAAACAAAAAAACUUGUGACAACUCUGGGAACUUGAAAUUGGUUUGCAAGGGGCUGAUGGAUGGGUAUAAUGAGUUUCCGAUUCUUUUUCCCUGUCAUGUGUGCGUGUGUGCUUGAAACUUGCUUUGCGGUGGCUUAAUCGUGGAGUUGGUUUCUUAAGUUCUCUUGUUACUGUUUCAAUCUCACCUUUUUGCUGUAUUUUUUCUUCUUGCUCUUUUUCUGUCCUCAGGCUACAUAGUUUUGUCUCCGCUUUCUUUUCCUUUUCCGAUGGACCUUUGUGUGAUUUGCAUGGGUAUUAUGGGCAGGAUAUCCAGGCGCAUUUACGAUCAACAAGCCGGUUGUCAGCGUUCGUUUCACCUAUUUCAUCAUGCGAUCGUACCCCCGACACCUCUUCAAUCGGUCUACUCGUUUGUAUAAAGGAGGCAGUCUGUUGGAUCUGGUCCGAGAUACAUCGUGGGUUUGUGUUGCAUCUUAUUAGGGUCAGCAUUUCUCUUGGGCCGGUGGCAUUUUUCAUCUUAAAUCAGUAUCUCUUACAGUCAGUUCCUGCGGUAUUACAAAAACGGUCAUUGUUGCAAACGGAUAUCACGAGAGGGAUCGAUCGAUAUGGAAUGGUCGGCCUGGGGAGGAGAGCUCACAUGGGUCAAGGUCCCCCUCUGUUUUUUGCUUAAAUUGGACGGCGUAAGCUGGACGGCUGGCCAAGGGAGAGGGGUGGAUGGGUGUUGGUGGAUGGAUUUGUUUUUUCCUUUUUUCCUUUGCGGUUUUACGCAUGUAUGCACACAUGAUUGAGGAGGCUUUUUCUGAAUUGGAGGGGCUGCCUGUAUACCUUUCUUAGCUUUUCUUGUUUUUGAGGUCAACGCCACGAUCUCUAAUUUUUCGUUCUUAAGCUUUUUUGUUGAUUCAUCCCUGUAAAAUGGGGUUUAACUUGGGUGCUUGUGCUUUUCGGGUUUCUUCCCUUUUAUAUCUCCUGUGCUUGUUUUUCUAUUCUUGCUUUCGUUUUUCCUUGAUGGCCGGAGGAAGAGAGUCUUGGGGGCUUCUUCUGCGCCAUGCGGCGGAAGGUGCUUUUAAGACUCGCGGGUCGUUGGAGGAUGGAAUGGACGGCUUGUGGGAUUCCGGGAUGAUUGGGUGGCUGGGUUCUUGGGAUGAGGGAUAUGGGGCCUGAUUGAGGGGACGAAGGGAUGAUCUACGAAAGGGCAGCUUCCGGGGUGGUCUCUUUCUUGCCUUUCAUUUUCUGUCUUGUCUCCCAGCUUCUGGGUUGGUGGUGGCUGGGAAGGAGAGGAGGAUUUCUUGGCUAGCUUGCGCUCAUUUUUUUCUUCACUAUACUUUUAUUUCUAUCAUCGGCUUGCGCUUGCGGUUUGAGGGUUGAUUGGAGGUAUGGUGAGGGGGAAGGGGGUGAUGCUGGUGAAGAGGGAGCGGUGGAUUAGCUGCUAGGUUGCUGACGAGACCUGAUUUCCACAUCCGCGAUGACGGAAUCGGGCCUCGCCUGCCUCCAUUAUUAUGAGAAUGAAUGCCGAUGGAUUUCGCUAGAUUUGAUAUUAUCUCAGUCCCGAUUGCUAGUGACUACUAUUGUGCCGUGGUGUAUUGCUACAGUAUUGGGCCUUUUGAAUUAUCAUUUCCACCACAAAACAAGGUUCCCCGUAAUACAAGCAACGAAGCACACAGUCCCGCAAGGUUGGUGGGCGAUAGGUCCAUGAACCACAAGUGAAUACCAGUAGUGUUUUUACAGCCACCCAAUCACGCUUAAUGACUCACCGAGUACUUUUUACCAUACCAUGAUCGCUUCAUAGCGCCAUAGAGCUGUUUGUUAUUUUGUUGUUUUGAUUUUUUCA